AUGGCUUGGAGACAGCAAGGAAGCACUGGCUCGAACAACAUUCCCUUGGGAAAUAAGCGCAGAUUCAACGCUGGAGAUAGCGCAUCGCCGCCUCGCGACGACAAUGGCUACCAUCCGUCCGCGCCUUCGAAUGGCAAUUCUGAUGGAGGAUUCAAGCGUGGCCGCAGCCCAGUAAGAGAGGAGCCUAAUGCAGACGGCACUCGACGUCGCAAGAAGAGAAAUCGUUGGGGGGACAGCACUGAGAACAAGGCUGCUGGCCUCAUGGGGCUUCCGACUGCUAUCAUGGCCAACAUGACCAGCGAACAAUUGGAGGCAUAUACUCUGCACUUGCGCAUUGAAGAGAUCAGCCAGAAGCUAAGGAUUGAUGAUGUCGUCCCAGCCGAUGGUGAUAGAUCUCCUUCUCCUCCCCCCCAAUACGAUAACUUCGGUCGUCGUGUCAAUACUCGAGAAUACCGAUACAGGAAGCGUCUCGAAGAUGAGCGCCACAAGCUGAUUGAAAAGGCUAUGAAAGUCAUUCCUAACUACCAUCCGCCACAGGAUUACCGUCGUCCUACUAAGACACAGGAGAAAGUCUACGUCCCGGUCAAUGACUACCCAGAAAUUAACUUCAUUGGCUUACUUAUCGGACCUCGUGGCAACACAUUGAAGAAAAUGGAAACAGAAUCCCAGGCCAAAAUUGCCAUCCGUGGAAAAGGAUCCGUUAAAGAAGGAAAGGGUCGAUCCGACGCCGCUCACACCAGCAACCAGGAGGAAGACCUUCAUUGCUUGAUCAUGGCAGACACCGAGGAGAAGGUCAACAAGGCAAAGAAGCUGAUUCACAACAUCAUUGAGACUGCUGCUUCCAUUCCUGAAGGCCAAAACGAGCUUAAGCGCAACCAACUUCGUGAGCUUGCAGCACUCAACGGUACUCUUCGUGACGAUGAGAACCAAGCAUGCCAGAACUGUGGUCAGAUUGGUCAUCGGAAAUACGACUGCCCUGAACAACGCAACUUCACCGCCAACAUCAUUUGUCGUGUCUGUGGUAACGCAGGCCACAUGGCUAGAGAUUGUCCUGACCGACAACGUGGUGCUAAUUGGCGUAACGAUGGUCCUGGUGGUCCUCCGGCUGCUGGUGUUGGUCGUAUUGGCGCAGGAGACGCCGUUGAUCGGGAGUACGAGUCACUUAUGAAUGAACUUUCAGGUGCUCCAGCUCCAGAUGGUCCUCGACGGAUCGAAGCUGGUCCAGGUGGAAACUUCGAUCAGCCUCCACAAGACGAUGUCAAGCCUUGGCAGCGCGGUCCCACCGGUGCCGCUGCUCCAUGGCAAAAACGAGGGGAUGAUCGAGGAUUCGACUCCCGUGAUUCUGCACCAUCGGGAGGCGCUGCGCCAUGGGCAAGAGAUCGUCCUCGUGGAAAUGACAACCGUAGUGGUGAUUCAUACUACAGCGGUGGUCAGCAGGGCUAUAAUGCUCCUCCUGCAGCUGGUGGCAAUUCCGCACCUUGGGCACAAGCAGCUCCUGCAUAUCCUCCCCCCGCAGCUGGCUACGGGGGUUAUGCUGCUCCUGGUUACAGCGGUGGCUAUCCUCCCCAACAAUCGAUGGGUGCGCCACCUGGAUUAGCUGCACCUCCUGGAUUGAGUGGUGCCGGCUUGAGUGCUCUUCUUCAACAGUAUGCUGGAAGCCCUCCACCACCCCCUCCAACCUCUAGCAUUCCACCACCUCCCCCAGGCGGUGCACCCCCGCCACCUCCUCCUAGCGACGCUCCUCCUCCACCGCCCGGAAAUUAG